AUGGCGUGGGAAACAGGUUCAGAAAAGAUUAACUCUGAACUUUACAAAGGUGAGGAAGAUUCCACCAAGGCAGUUAAUAUUGAUUUCAAGACAGUUGGCCGCCUUGACAUUACAGUUCUUUGCUCUAUAUGCCAAGAAGCAGUCCAUAUUAGUCAACUUUUUCAUCAUAAACGAGCGCAUCAGGCACAAGCUGUACUAGGAUAUCAGCGACCAUGGAUUGAGAUACUAAAUCUAAAUAAGUUAGCCCUUCAGCAAAAGAAGCUAAUUUUAGGAAUGAUAAAUACUCCUACAUACACUGAACAAGAAGCACACAAGAUUGGCUUUUCAUUUGAGUUCCUAAAGGAAAGCCUCAAAAUUGCACCAUACUUUUGCAUCAACAGUGUUGAGCAAAGUACUGUAUAUACUAAAGAAGUAAGCAACCCAGUUAUAAAAGCCGUAGCGAUUUGUCAAGACAGAAAUGCUCUUUGGCGUGCAAACUUGGAAGAUAUAUUUGUUGUAUUAGACAAUUAUGGAAACAGGCCUGGAACCUGCUUUCUUGGACUCUUUGAUGGAAGCAAUGGCAUUUCUGCAGCAGAAACCACUUCAGCGGAGCUUCCCCUUUUAUUUCUUGAACAGCUUUCUCGUAUAGAUUCCUCCUACCAAGUGAGUGAAGCCGAACAACAAUUGCUAGAUUCAUUUCGGACUGUCUUUAGGGCAGAUUAUAGUGUAAGAGAAAAAAUUUUCACCUCUCAGCCAAGGCAGAGCAAGAAAUCUCCGCCAAGUGAUUUCAGAUGGAUUCACAAAGCAUAUGCCAAGUCGUUUUGGCGAAUGGACAGACUUUUACGACUUGGAAGAAAUGAAGUUUCCAGGAUUCGCUGGAGUAGCUGCUCAGCUGCCACCUGUUUAGUGGAAAAGAUAAUCAGCGAAAAGCAACACCAACAAACUCAAGAAGGGGAGGAAACACUUCAAAGGAUAAGAAGAGAAAAUGAAAGGAGCAUCACGAUACAGGAGGAGCUGGCUGACAAUAUAACCCUUGCAGAGGAAAAAAGCAUCAUAGCACAACAACAUGAAACUCCACUCGUUAUUAAUAAAAAGACCAGCAGCAUUGAAGAACAAGAGCCACUUGAAAAAAUAAAUGAAGAGGAAAAAAACAGUAGCAUCGAGGAAGAGGAGGAGGAGCCACUUGAAGAUUGGCUGACAAACAGUAAUAAGCCUACACAGUCUGAAGAAGGUAGUGCUGGAAUAAUGCAUAUUGCUAACAUUGGUAAUGCACAUGUAGUUUUAUGCAAAAACGGGGAAAGCUAUUGGCUUACUAAAGAACAUACCACUUACUCUGCAAAAGAAAGGAAGCGUGUUUUUCAUAACGGAGGACAUAUCAGCUUUAAUGAACCCAAAGGAUUAGUAGAAGGAAUUAUUAGAACUACUCGUGGACUUGGCUAUCAUGGAAACCCACAGUUAAAAAAAACGGUUAUUCCUGUACCUCAUACCAUUUCUUUUCCAGUAGAUGAUUCAUGUCAAUUUCUUAUUUUAGCUUCUAAUGGGCUUUGGGAAGUUCUUGAUAAAAAUGAAGUGGUGACAUUAGCGCUAAUUAUGUACUCUGCUUUUUUAGAAAAAUAUCAAUAUGCCCAGCUACGAAAGAGCACCAUGGAUAAAAGUACAAAACUGGACAAGGAGCAUUUUGAAGAAAUUAAGUUUUCAUGGUAUUUGAAGCCAGAUUUUCUUUUUACAGAGGGAGAUUCGGAAGAAGACAAUCUGGAACAGAAUAAUACAGAGGUUACGUCACCCAUGAGCAGCGGCUCAGUGGAAGAAGAGAGAAUUUCAUCCGGCUCCUUAGCAGGAAGCCAGAGAGAGCAAAAAUCAGAGAGCCCUUUAGAGAAAGCUGCUGAAUCCUGCAUAUUUAAUGAGGAUACAUCAUUUUCAGAAGACACAGAAACGACCACAUCAAGCUCUGGCAGCCAAACCAGUUCUGAGGAAUCACGAGUGCUUGAUGAACAGCACAUAUCUGACCAUUUUGAAUCAAGUGACAAUCAGGAAUCACCUUCACAAACAGAAGAUGAAGAAACAGACGCUACAACAUUUUAUGCCCAUGCAGCAAAAUACAUUAGUAAGCACCUUGUACAAGCUGCACUUCGAGCAGGUUCCCGAGAUAAUAUCACUGUUUUGGUAACACUCUUAAAUGGAUGUGAUAAGAUACCCACUUAUGUUUAGCGUGCUUACGAAGGUAGCCACUGUGAAAUAUGA